AGUAAACAAGAUAUCUCCACUCAUACCAGCUGAGAAGUAGUGGAAGUCACACUCCAAGGACAACUCUGAUAGCGAACACAUCCCAGGAAGAAUGGAGUCCGUAAUGCUUCUAGACGGAGGGUUCUCCACUCAGCUGGCCAAGUACGUUGGUAACUGCGUAGAUGGAGACCCGCUGUGGAGCGCCAAGUUCUUGGAAACUAACAAACAGGCUUGUAUCCAGUCCCACCGAGAUUUCAUUAAAGCUGGAGCCGAUAUAUUGAUUACAAACACCUAUCAAGCCAGUAUUGAUGGGUUCAAGGAUUACUUGAACUUAGACAAAGAAGAAAGUAUAGAAUUGAUCAAGGAAUCAGUUUCAUUCGUUAAAAAAGCCAUCAACGCUGAACUUGGAGACGAAAUGUCUGGUAGGCCCCGUCGGAAGGUGUUGAUAGCGGGAUCAGUGGGGCCCUAUGGUGCAGGGCUUCACGAUGGGUCUGAGUAUCGUGGCGAGUAUGUCGAGACCACCAGUCGGGACACCAUAGUCUCGUGGCAUACUCCGAGGAUUGAGGCACUUCUAGAAGCUGGUGUGGACAUCCUCGCCAUCGAGACCAUUCCUGCCUUUGCCGAGGCUGAAAUACUCCUCAACCUCAUCAAAAAGUACCCUAAGGCAAAAGCUUGGUUGGCUUUUUCUUGUAAGGAUGAAGAACACAACAGUUACGGUGAGAAACUGAGUGAGGUUGCAGCAAAGUGCUGGUCCAUAAACCCCAACCAGCUGAUUGCAAUAGGGGUAAACUGCCUACACCCCAGCUAUGUAACUCCCCUGCUCAAGUCUAUACACAAACAAACCCCCAGAAUCCCCCUCAUCGCUUACCCCAAUAGUGGCGAAAGAUACAACGCACAACUAGGACAGUGGGAAGACAAAGACAAGUGUGUCCCUGUGGUGAACUAUCUGAGGUCUUGGUUAGAACUUGGUGUUAAGUUUAUCGGCGGCUGCUGCAGAACAGAUUCUGAUGACAUAAGACAGUUCCGACGCCACAUCGACUACUGGCUUCAGCAUGAGAAGAAACCUGACAGAUCUACCGCUACAGACGAGAGAAGGUCACUUUCUAAUGUCAACCAAUUGUAAUAUACUGUGUUCACCAACUGUGAUUUUUAUAAUGUUUUGUACAGAUUGUAUUUGUUUUGCAAAAUAAAGUAGUAUGUUAGUUAUU